AUGGGGAUUAUGACUGCUGCAGCUACAACUACCACAACCACAACAAUCGCACCUACAACUGCUGUACCUCCAACUACUAUAACCACAACUGCCGCACCUACGACUGCUGUACCUGCAACUACUAUAACCACAACUGCCGCACCUACGACUGCUGCAACGAGAACUACAACUGCCAUACCUACAACUGCUGUAUCUACAACUACCACAAACACAAUUGCCGCAUCUACAACUGCUGCAACGAGAACUACAACUGCCACACCUACAACUGCUGUAUCUACAAUGACCACAACCACAACUGCUGCACCUACAACUACUGCACCUACAACUACCACAACCACAACAAUCGCACCUACAACUGCUGUACCUGCAACUACCACAACCACAACAACCACAACUGCUGCACCUACAACUACCACAACCACGACUGCCACACCUACAACUGCUGCACCUACAACUACCACAACCACAACUGCCACACCUACAACUGCUGCACCUACAACUACCACAAUCACGAUUGCCACACCGACAACUGCUGCAACUCCUACACCUACAACUAUGGCGACCACAACUGCUGCACUUACAACUACCACAACCACAACCACAACAAUCACACUUACAACUGGUACCUACAACUGCUGCACCUACAACUACCAAAAUCAUGAUUGCCACACCGACAACUGCUGCAACUACAACUGCUGCACGUACAACGAUCGUGGCCACAACUGCUGCACCUACGACUACCCCAACCACAACUGCUGCACCUACAACUGCUGCACCUACAACUAUGGGGACCACGACUGCUGCACCUACAACUACCACAACAACAACAGUCGCACCUACAACUCCGGUACCUACAACUACUAUAACCACAACUGCCGGACCUACAACUGCUGCAAUGAGAACUACAACUGCCACACCUACAACUGCCGUACCUACAACUACCGCAACCACAACUGCCACACCUACAACUACCAAAAUCAUGAUUGCCACACCGACAACUGCUGCAACUACAACUGCCGCACGUACAACAAUCGUGGCCACAACUGCUGCACCUACGACUACCCCAACCACAACUGCUGCACCUACAACUGCUGCACCUACAACUAUGGGGACCAUGACUGCUCCGCACCUACAACUGUUGCACAUACAACUACCACAACCACUACUGCCGCACCUACAACUGUUGCAACGAGAACUACAACUGCCACACCUACAACUGCUGCAACUACAACUGCUACACCUACAACAACCACAAUCACGUCUGCCACACUGACAACUGCUGCAACUACAACUGCUUCACCUAAAACAAUGACGACCAUAACUGCUGCACCUACAACUACCACAACAACAACUGUCACACCUACAACUGCUGCAUCAACAACUUCCACAACCACAACUGCUACCACUACCACAACCACGACUGCCACACCAACAACUGCUACAACUACUUCUGCCACAACCACAACUGUUGCACCUACAACUGCUGCACCUACAACUUCCAUUACCACAACUGCCGCACCCACAUCUGCUGCACCUACGACUAUUACAACUACAACUGCCACAACCACAACUGUUGCACCUACAACUGCUGCUCCAACAACUACCACAACCACAACUGACACACCUACAACUGCUGCACCUACAACUACCCUAACCACAACAGUCGCAACUACAACUGCUACACCUCAAACAAUCACCACCACAACUGCUGCACCUACAACGACCACGACCACAACUGACGCACCCACAACUGCUGCACCUACAACUACCACAACUACGACUGCCACACCGACAACUGCUACAACUACUUCUGCCACAACCACAACUUUCGCACCUACAACUGCUGCACCUACAACUUCCAUUACCACAACUGCCGCACCCACAUCUGCUGCACCUACGACUAUUACAACUACAACUGCCACAACCACAACCGUUGCACCUACAACUGCUGCUCCAACAACGACCACGACCACAACAGUCGCACCAACAACUGUUGCACCUACAACUACCACAACCACGACUGCCACACCGACAACUGGUGCAACUACUACUGCCACAGCCACAACUGUCGCACCUACAACUACCAUAACCACCACUGCCGCACUCACAAAUGCUGCACCAACAAUUGCUGCACCUACAACUACCAUAACCACAACAGCCACACCUACGACUGCUGCAAUUGCAACUGCUACACCUCAAACAAUCACGACCACAACUGCUGCUCCUAUAACUACCACAACCACAACUAUUGCACCGACAACUGCAGCACCAACAACAAUCGCAUCCACAACUGUCGCACAUACAUCUACCACAACCGCAACUGCUGCACUUGCAACUACCACAACCACGACUGCCACACCGACGACUGCUACAACCAGAACUGCCACAACCACAACUGUCACACCUACAACUGCUGGACCAACAACUACCAUAACCACAACAGCUGCACCUACAACUGCUGCAACUACAACUGCUACAACUCAGACAAUUACAACCACAACUAAUGCACCUACAACUGCAGAACCUACAACAAUUGCAUCCACAACUGCUGCACCUUCAUCAACCACAACCACAACUACACGCACCUACAACAGCUACAAGUACAACUGCCGCACCCACAACUGCCUCCCUUGCAAAUAUUUUGUUUACAACUCCUGCCACAACAACUGCAGCACCAACCACUGGUGCACCUACACCUAUCGCACCUACAACUGUUACAAUUAUCAUGACCACAACUGCUGCACCUACAACUACCACAACAACUGCUGCACCUAUAACUGCCACACUCACAACUGCUACACCACCAACUGUCACAUCAACAACUGCUGUCCCAACCACUACCACACCAGCAACUACUUUCCCAACAAGUACCACACCAGUAACUGCUGUGCCUGCAACCAUUGCACCCACAACUGCUGUACCUACAACUACCACACUCAUAACUUCUGCACCUACAACUGCCAUACCAACAACUGCUGCCCCAACAAGUACCACAGUAACAACUUCAGUGCCUGCAAACAUCGCACCUACAAGUGCUGCACCUACAACUGUUGCACACACAACGGCCUCACCUACAACUGCCACACCAGCCACAACUACCUUAUUCACACCUGCCACACCUACUACUAUUUCACUGACAACCACUGCCCCUACAAAUGA